AUAAUAAGUUAUAUAAUAACGUAAUAAAAAUUCUGUUUCCAACAAAUGGCAGGUGGGUUUCGUGGGUAGACAAACGUACGAUCCAACUACUAAAAUCCCUUCCUCAACUGAACCUCCUCUCCCCCUCAAACAAAUCAGACGUUAAGUACUCUUCUUCCUUCACUUCCCCUGUUUUUUUUUUUUUUUUUAUAUAUGUAAACUAAUAAAUAGUACUAUAGAACUCUAAAAGCACUUCUCCUGCAGUUGAGUCCUGGAGAAUUGAAAUUGAUUCUCCCCUUUCUCUUUCUCCUUAUUAUCAGUUUGACAACAACUCUCUCUACUCUCAAGUGGGCAGUAAGAGUUGUGAGAGAUUUAAAUUUCCUCCAAAAAUAGAAAUUGUUCUUUGCUUUUCGGGAAUCCUAGUUAUUGUGGAAUUCAGUUUGAGUUCAUCAGUUUCUUCUUCUUCUGAGUGUCUUUCUGCUUAUACUACAAAAGGCCAAAAGAAGAAUAAAACUCUGAUUUGAAGUCUGAAAUCUGGAUUUUUAUGGCUUCCCACGAGAGAGAAGGUUUGCUUCCAGUUCAAUUAUUCCAAGACGGUGAUGUUUCGUCUGAAGAUUUUAAUACUAUUAGCCACCAGCAGCAGCAGAGUCUUGGUUUUAAAGGGUUGCGUAAAUACGAAUCAAUCUCAAUUUCUUGUGGGUCGUCUUAUUCUUCUUGGUCGGAUUUGAGUUCGCCGUUUGGUUCCGAACUUGAGACCACUUCCACCUCGGAAACCACUGAAAGUGAAGAUGAAGAAUUCAUUUCCGAGUUGACCCGUCAGAUGGCCGAGUCCAUGCUUCAAGAUGAUGAUGACGAAGAAGAAGAAGUAGAAUUAAAACGCGUUCAAUUUCAAGCACAAGAUCGAGAUGAUUGUAAUACCGUCGACUCUGUCUCCACUUGCUUCCCCGACAACAACUCUGAGGCAAGUGAAUCGUCGGUGAACUGGUCGGACUGCAAAUCAAGCUCUGUUUGCUAUUACAGUUGCCCGGAAUUCCCCACUCCGCCGGAAUCCUCUGUAAAUGCAGAGGACAGCUUAAGUGAUGAACAAUUGCGGCCUGUUGAAGUUUAUGAGUUGAAAAACCAGCCACAAUUGAAUAAUAAUAAUCAAGACUCUGGUGUUGUUGGUGGGUAUGGUAAUAAACGAGUUGAUAAGUCGGCAACUGAGUCAACUCAUCAACCACUCCACCAGCAAAAGGAACAACAAAACAGAGUUGGCGGCGGCGGCGGCAAAGCAUGGAAGCAGCAAGGGAAGAAGAACAACAAUAUUCUUCCCCCAGUAUUACCAACGCAACCAAACGGGUCGGGUAUGCGGGCGGUAUUUCUGGGCGGAUCUGAUAAAAACGGGUACACUAGUACAACUGGGACGGGCGUUUUCCUCCCAACUGCAGCCGCUUAUACCAAACCCGAACCCAAAAGAAAAUCAGGGUGCUCCACCGUUCUCAUUCCGGCAAGGGUGCUACAGACGCUUCAACAACACUUUAACACGGUGGGUACGACGUCGCCGUCCAACGCUCCCAGUGGUGGUUCUCCCGCCAACCACCCUUGGCGUAACGAUGUAUUGGCCAGAAUAAAUGGAUUGCUGUCGCAAAAAAGGGAGCACGCCGAGUUCCAAACUCGGCUUCCACCUCGACCGGCAUACUCUGCACCGGAAACCACCAGUUAUCACCCGGAGGUGUUACAAUUACCUCAAGAAUGGACUUAUUGAUCGGACAACGGCCGGCGGCCGGCCAACGAGUUAGGAAUCAUUCAAGCGACAUUGGAGAAAGGCAAAAAAAAAUAAUAAUAAAAUAAUAAUAAUAAUAAUAAGUGGAUUGCACUAUUGGAGAUGAGGAUGAUGAUGGUGAUGGUCAUCAUAAAAUAAUAAAAUUAAAGAAAGGGGAAUGACUUUCUUGUGGUUUAAAUAAUUGGUCAAGGAAUCUACAUGUACACAAGUUUGAAAUAAUUGAUGUAUGGAUAUAGGAAGUGAUAUGAUAGUGUGGGUAAUAAGGUUUGAAAAAAGAAAAGGCGAUUGAUUAAAAGAUCUCAUUGGUUGGUCGUACUUGGUUGGAUUGUGGUAUUGAAUUAAUUAUCAGUGUAUUUCAGGGGUCGUGAAUUGUGCCCGGAUUUGCUAGAGAUAGGCUAUCUGAAAAGCCUAAAAUGGGUUUAAAUUUCAUGUUGUGAAGUGAUUGGAGGGAUGUACAGAUAUUUUUCUUUUAGCCAAUCCAAUAAAAAAAAAUUCAUUC